AUGCUUUCGAAUCCAUCAAAAAAGUACAAGAAAUUUGUGCCUUUGAAACUUCCUAAUAGACAAUGGCCAGACAAGACGUUUGAAAAACCACCCCGCUGGCUCUCCACCGACCUUAGAGACGGAAACCAGUCUCUUCCAGACCCCAUGUCUGUCGAGGAGAAAAAGGUGUAUUUUAAGAAGCUGGUCGAGAUCGGGUUCAAGGAGAUUGAGGUCGCAUUCCCUUCUGCCUCGCAAAUAGACUUCGAUUUUACCCGGUUCUGUGUCGAGACUGCCCCAGAAGACGUGUCGAUCCAGGUUCUUUCUCCGUGCCGGCCGGAACUGAUCAAACGGACAAUCGAGUCUCUGACCGGAGCCAAACGCGCCACAAUCCAUCUGUAUUUAGCCACCUCUGACUGUUUCCGCAAUGUCGUGUUUGGUUUGUCGAAAGAGCAGACUUUGCAGCUUGCUACCGAGUGUACCAAAUUGGUCAAGAGUCUCACCAAGGACGACCCUAAACACAAAGACACCAUCUGGUCGUACGAAUUCUCGCCAGAGACUUUCAGUGACAGCGAUCCAGACUAUGUUGUCCAGGUUUGCGAGAGUGUAAAGGCCGCCUGGGAGCCGUCACACGAGAACCCGAUCAUCUUCAAUCUUCCAGCCACCGUCGAGAUGUCGACUCCAAACGUGUAUGCGGACCAGGUGGAAUAUUUCUGCACUCACAUUUCUGAUAGACAGUCUGUUUGUGUUUCUUUGCAUCCGCACAACGACCGUGGCUGUGCUGUUGGUGCUGCCGAGCUGGCACAGCUUGCGGGAGCAGACAGAGUCGAAGGAUGUUUAUUUGGAAAUGGAGAGCGGACAGGUAACGUUGACCUUGUGACGCUUGCACUCAAUCUGUACACACAGGGAAUCCAUCCGAAACUCGAUUUUUCCGACAUCAAGUCUGUGAUUGACGUUGUGGAGAGAUGUAACAAAAUUCCUGUUCAUCCUCGUGCUCCUUAUGGAGGCCAGCUUGUUGUUUGUGCAUUUUCUGGCUCGCACCAAGACGCAAUCAAAAAAGGUUUCGAAAAGAGAAAGGAUCCAAAGGAGUACUGGCAAAUUCCAUAUCUUCCCCUGGAUCCGCAGGAUAUUGGCCGUACCUACGAGGCCAUUAUUCGUGUGAACUCGCAAUCUGGAAAGGGAGGUGCUUCGUGGAUCAUUCUGCGCAAUUUGGAGAUGGAUCUUCCUCGUGGCUUGCAAAUCAACUUCUCCAAAGUUGUCCAGGAUGCCACCGAGAAGAAAGGUAGAGAGCUCAAGACGAACGAGAUCGUGGAUCUGUUCAAGAACGAGUAUCUGUUGUACAACUUUGAUGAAGAGGAGACUCUGGAGCCUGCUGGUCAUCUGUUCAAACUGGACAAUUACGAAUUGACCAACAAAUCGGACAAAGUGAGAGAACUGAGUGCGCAGAUGUCGAACUACGAAGGGUCUGUUUCUUACAAAGUUAUUGGAGAGGGAAAUGGUCCGAUUUCUGCGUUUGUGAACGGACUGAACAAGAAGUUCAAGUCCAAGUUCCAGGUGGUGAACUACCAUGAGCACUCUUUGGGAGCAGACUCCAACUCCAAGGCUGCGGCUUACAUAAGCUGCAAAGUGGACGACGAGCACUUAAUCUGGGGUGUCGGCAUCAACGAGGAUGUCAGCACGGCCAGUUUCAGCUCUUUAUUGAGUGUCAUCAACCAGGGAAUCCGGAUGGGUGUCAUUAAAGAAAUGAGAGCCUGA